AUGCUCUCGCGCGCUCUACUCCUGACGGUGGCUACGUCGAGCCUCGCCACCGCUGCCAUCUACAAUACUCGUUUCAACGGGACUACCUGGGACGACGACAACUGGAUCAUCAAGACCACCCGCCUCGACCAGGGUCAUUAUCAAUCCCGAUUCUCCCUCGCAAAUGGCUACCUCGGCAUCAACGUCGCAGCAGUAGGUCCUUUCUUCGACGUCGAUGUUCCCGUCGACGGCGACAACAUCCAAGGCUGGCCGCUCUUCGACCGGAGACAGAGCUUCGCCACCAUCGCCGGUCUCUUCGAUUCGCAACCCAAAGUAAACGGUUCCAACGCCAACUGGCUGUAUCAGUAUGGAGGGGAGAGCGUCAUCAGCGGCAUCCCGCACUGGUCUGGUCUGCACGUGAAGAUUGGCAACGAGAUCCUCGAUGCCAAAGUCCCCGCGGAACAGAUUUCGGAUUUCAGCUCGAGUCUGGAUAUUCGGAAUGCGGUGAUGUAUUGGAAUUAUACCUGGACUCCUAGCUCGGGGCCCGCGAUUCAGAUGGCGUAUUCGAUGUUUGUGCAUAAGUUGUUCGUCAAUCAGGCUGUGGUGAGGUUGGAGAUGACGGCAAAGGAGGCUGUGAGUGCGACGGUUGUGGAUUUGUUGGAGGGUGACUGCGCGGUGCGUUCUACUUUUGACGACAAGGGCUACGAUCAAGCAAAGCCGAUGAUCUGGACCACCGUGAGUCCGGACGGGCUUCGGGAUGUCACGGCGACGAUCUAUUCAACGUUGGUUGGAGACGAUUCUUGCGAUAUGAGCAGUAGGAUGAUGGUCAAUGCUACCGCGGUACUGGGAGGGAACAGCUCAACUAUCGCACAGGGAGUCAAGGUGGCUCUCUCCGCCGGCAAGACUUCCACUAUCACGAAGUUCAUCGGUGGUGCUUCGUCAGAUGCCUUCCAGGAUCCUCGAUCCACCGCUCUCAACGCAUCAAUGACCGCGUCCAAGGCUGGGUUUGACAAGCUUUACGCUUCUCACUCUACGGAGUGGAAGACCAUCAUGCCAGCGGACAGCGUGGACAGCUUCCGAGACGCCAAUGGUUCCCUCCCACUCAAUCCGGAUGUGCAAGAGUCACAGAUCACGGCGAUCACCAAUCCAUUUCAGAUGCUGCAGAAUACCAUCAGCGACAACGCAGUGCUUGCAGCCGGCAACAACAGCAGACUGCAAGUCAACAGUAUCAGCGUGUGCGGGCUCGGAUCUUCGUGUUAUGCAGGCUUGAUAUUCUGGGAUGCGGAAGUAUGGAUGCAGCCUGGUCUCGUCGUAUCCUUUCCUCAUGCUGCUAGGCAGAUCGCUCGAUACCGAGUCGACAGAUACCAUCAGGCCCGAGAGAAUAUCCUGACGGCGUAUCAGUCCAGCCAAAAUGAGACGGGCAAGUUCUCGCCUGAAGGUGCAAUCUUCCCCUGGACUAGUGGUCGGUUUGGUAACUGCACGGCAACUGGUCCCUGUUUCGAUUAUGAGUACCAUCUGAACGGCGACAUUGGCCUGGAGUUAUACAACUACUGGGCGGUCACUGGUGAUACCGACUUCUUCCGUGAGGAGCUAUUCCCUAUCUACGAGUCAAUUGCCCAGAUGUAUGCGGAUCUCGUCACAUACAACCAGACUACGGGACUAUACGAUCUAUACAACGCAACUGAUCCUGACGAAUACGCCAACUUUCAGAACAACACCGGGUUCACCUCGGUCCUGAUGUCAAGCCACCUGAACAGUACAAACGAUAUCCGAGGGCGAUUCGGCAUGGAAGCGAAUGCCACUUGGGCCAACAUUUCGUCCCUGAUUACCAUCCCUGUGAACCACGAUGCCAACAUCAUCCUGGAGUAUGCCACGCAGAAUGGGAGUAUCACUGUCAAGCAGGCUGACAUUGUACUGAUCGACGACUUCCUGCAAUACGAGAACCCCUACACCCUCAGUGACCUGGAUUACUACGCUGCCGCUCAGUCGCCUGACGGACCGGCCAUGACCUAUGGUGUCUUCAGUAUCGUGGCCAACAGGGAGAGUCCUUCCGGCUGUGCCAGCCACACGUAUGAUCUGUAUGGUUCGCAGCCGUACACGAGAGGGCCUUGGUUCCAAUUUAGCGAGCAGCUUAUCGAUGAUUUUUCAACCAACGGAGGCACGCAUCCCGCCUUCCCUUUCUUGACGGGCGUUGGAGGAGCGAAUCGUGUCGCUGUCUUUGGCUAUCUCGGCCUCAGACUCGACCUAGACACCUUGGACAUCGAUCCCUCACUACCUCCUCAGAUCCCUCAAUUGGAAUACAGAACCAUCUACUGGAACGGCUGGCCCAUCAAAGCACGAUCCAACCAAACGCACACCACCCUCCGACGCACAGGUUCCCCUCUCCCGGAAGCAAACAGCACUUUCACCGGCACUCCCAUCCCCGUCACCAUCUCCCUGAGCGGGACGAAAGUCUACAGCCUCCCACCAGACGGCACUACCCUCACGAUCCCCAACCGCCAAAGCGGCCUCAACAAGACCAUCCCAGGCAACAUCGCCCAGUGCCAAACGGACGUCUCCUCCCCGGACCCCUACGAACCAGGCCAGUUCCCCCUCAGCGCCAUCGACGGCGCCAGCAGCACCAAAUGGCAGCCCACGCACUCCAACCAAACCUCCUCCCUCACCGUCCGCCUCCCGCCCCCCUUUGUCCCCAUCACCGCUUUCCGCCUCGACUGGGCCCAAUCCCCGCCGCAAUCCUAUCGCAUCCUCUUCCACAACCUCAGCGACACCACCUCCGUCCCGCCCGUCGUCGUUACUCAAGAUGAUCACGUGCAAAUCUCCGAGCCCUAUCGCAUGCACGACGCUUUCGUCAUCCGGCCGUACGCGAGCAACACGACGAAUGUCACUCUGGAUCGGCCGGUUUGGAGCGCGCGGUUCGCGACGCUGGAGAUUUCGGGGAAUUUGGCUUUGAAGGGCUCGCCCGAGGAAGGGAGUGGGAAUGGGACCGGGGCUAGUGUGGCUGAGUGGGCUAUUCUUGCUGCUGAUGAUGGGGAGGGGGAUAAGAAGGGAGGGGAAGGAGAAGAGGUGGGUGUUCGCGUAGGGAGGAGGAACGGGGUUGAGUAUGAAUGA